GACAACAACAAAGGUGAUAGAGGAGUCUCUUUGCUGCUCGGAAGCAUGGUGCGAAGAUCCUCUUGAGCAGGUUGCUUUUUCGAUGUAAGGUCGAGCGCACACGGGCUCGGUAACUAGUACUGUAACGUUUUCUGCUGCCAACACGUCAGCUAGACUACCUUCGGUAUUCGAUACCUUCAUCCAAGGCAUCGCAUCAUCGCAUCAUCGCAACACAACACCCAUCAAACUUACUUUUUGGUGUGUUUCCUUGCGAAAGCACCACCCUCCAGAAGUAUUAUCCGCAACACAAGACUAUGGCUUUGGUGGGCAGCGCAACACGAAAGACGAGGAUAGGAUUCUGGGUAUGCCUGAUAUUAUUGAUAACCAACCUUAGGGAGAGCGCUGCUGGAGCGCCACGACGCGACAAUCCAUCAUUCCUGCCGAGGCAUGCUCGUCAUGGCUGUGCCUUUGCUUUUGACGAUCAAGGGUUUCUCUGGGCUAUUCGAGCCACAUCGGCUGUCUCAUCUUACUUGGGCUUGGUGGGGUACCUCGAUCGACCGCGCGGAACACUGAUUGAGAAUGCCCAUGAUUACUUGGAAGUCAAGCCAUCCGCCGUCGAAGGUGCCGGUCUGGGGCUCUUUGCCAAGGUCUCCUUGCCCAAGAAAACAGUGCUGGGUACCUACCCUGGCGUCGUGCUGCCAUUGCAACAAAAUCUAGCCAAACUCCAGCAACAUCCUCAAUGUGAAGGUUACAUCUGGCGCUUUUCGGACAAUAAAAUGGUCAUUGAUCCAACCAAUAGCGACGGGAUUUUGGACGACAUGUGCAUUGGAGGCAAUCCGAGCAUGCCACUAUCAGUGCCUUGGCACCAGAUACUCAAUCUGCAAUCCCCAACGACCUUGUGUCGAAUCAACGAACCCCCUUUGGGGAGAGAUGUCAAUGUGGUAACAGACGAAGACAGAGAAUUGAGACAAGUUGUCUUUUCUUUAGAGCGAGACGUAUUUGCUGGAGAAGAGUUCUUUAUCGACUACGGUCUCAGCUAUGAUCGAUCUCAAUAUGGAAGUGCUGAUAGCAGCUAAUAUUUUAAAAGCUAGUAGGGUUCACAUCCCAUGGUGUCAUCCAGAGCUGUGAUGGCAAAGAAGCAGUGCUCAAACAACCCUCGAGUCCUUUUUUGCUUACAAAUAUUAUUAUUUAUGCUAGUGGAUAACAGUUUCGGCACCCAACGAUGGCGUGCUACGAGUAUAUAAUUUGAUGUUGCGCCAUGAUCCCCAGGAUGGCAUCCAGUCCGCUUCCCAAAAGAAACAUUUGGAACAGCGUCUACAGAACCACCACAGAAGAUGGCCGGUUGAUUCCAUCAUAGUCAUCAAUCAGUGCUGCAUCUGUGGAAUGUCUUCCUGGUGUACCUAUUCCACUACCGAUGCUACUGAGAUCAUCUAGCUCGGGUUCGUCGCUGAAAUGGAUCUCACCUUCGGCAUGUGAAUUCUGGCCAUGGAUCUGCAACAGCGGGUCGUUGGUAGUUCCAGAUUUGGGGCUAAAUCCCAUCGGACCAAACAAACCUUCCCGAGAGACGGCACGGGCAUUGAUACCAUGGGCAAGAUCGUUGGUGUAACUGCAAUGGUACCCGCCAGUUGCACUCUGCUUCAAAUCAAUAUCGUCCACGUCAAAUUCGCUCAGGUAACCCAGCACAGCAUCUCGGUCCGUGGGGGUAUCUCCCGUGGUCAUUUGUCGGUACGCGAGAAGCCCCGUGAUGAGACCAACAAUGGCAAUAAGGAUGAAAAACAUUACCAAUCCAUAGCGUUGUCGGCUUUUUGGUGAGCCUUCUUCUUCU